AUCGCGCCCUGAUUUUUUUGAUAAAGUAGCCCCUUCAUGUUACUGCUGCUGCAAGUUAGUUAACUUUUAGCUACUGCGCCCCUCCAGAGAAAUCGUGCAGUCCCUAAAAGGGGUGACCUCUCACAAAGGUCGUAGUUCUGUCAUGUCAAACUGACCUCUGACCUUUAUAAAGUAGGAGCUACCGUGCUGUAGAGUGAAUGUAUAGCUCAGCUAUAUCAUCAUCUAAGUAUACUUUUGUUUCCAGAAUGAAAAGGUGGCCUGCUGGCUAGAAAAGAGCUUGUUAAAAUAUUAAACGAUCACUACCAACUAUCAAUACUGGAGAGAAACACCGAGUCGACUAGACUGGAUGUGGAUCUACUAGCGUUCUCGCAAUCGUCCAGAGAUGAGCUAUGCCAUGCAAGUGAGCCCCUCCAGUAAACUGUCAGACCGACUGACUGGCCCGCGAGUGAGAGAGCUGGCUGCCCUCAUUGUCAAGAGCAGUUAUCCGUCCACUGGUCAGAGUGUAGUACAGCCAUUACUGGAGCUGCUAGUAGCCGGUGAGUUUGACCUUCGUGAGAACUUUCUCAUACGAGAGCCUUCGGUUGUCUUACUACUACUGGAGCUAUUGCCAAAGCUAUCGGACCAGUUGCAGUUGGAGCUCUGGCGAACACUAGGUGACAUCCUGACUCAGAGCUUGUCCAACAUCCAUGCUUGUCGAGGGCUGCAUCUCAUCGAGCGCUGUCUUGACCAACUGAGGAAGACCAACAAUGACAAGGUUGCAGUGCACAUUGUGAGGGUGAUGGAGAUUGUCGGUGGCUACAGUAUUUCAUUGAAGGAGCUCAGAGACAUAUUGUCGUACCUCUACACAGGACACCAAGAGAGCUGGGCCCCUCACUCUGUCCCCUUGGUCAGAGCUCUCACGACAAUGGCCACUCAAAACCAGCCUGAGGUAUUCUUCACAUUUGCAGGCACUCCAGGAGCAGCUAUAACGCUGCCUCCCAUCUCCAAGUGGCCCUCAGAGUUCAGUAUACAGCUAUGGCUGAGACUGGAGAAACCUUACGACUGCCAACGUGACUACUACAAGCCGGUGGUGUACUGGUUCCGCACCAGUCGUCCGGAAUACGGCUACUCCUCGCACUUCAUAGGAAACAAACUCAUCAUUGAGACAUUUGGACGUGGCCAGAAGCGACCCCAGACCCACGCCCUGGACAUGACUUUUGCCCCCUAUCGCUGGUACAUGUUGAGUGUGGUAUACGUUUAUCACAGAGUGAAGAGCAGCAGCCUCACUGUGUUCGUGGAUGGGGCUCAAAUACUGGCCACAGAUGUGACACUGCCCAACACAUCAGCUGUCUACGACAAGUGUUUCCUGGGGACUUCCCCCUCCGCCACAGAGGAUGUGUUGUUCCAAGGUCAGCUGUCGGCAGUGUACUUGUUCCGAGAACCACUCAAGCAUGACACUGUGACAGCACUGCAUAGACUGGGACCAUCAUACAAGAGCCAGUUCAGGUUUAAGGCAGAGUGUGAUGUGCCACUGACCCCCCAACAGAAGAAGCUCUUGUUUGAUGGCCACUUGUCGAGUGCUGUGUGUUUCUCCUACAACGCUAAGGCUGUGGAUGGUCAGCUUUGUCUGGAGGCCUCACCCAAUGAGAACACCUCUCCUUUCACACACUCUCCACACGCCACUCUCUUAGAGGGGGUGGACCCUGUAGUGACCACACCCUUCCAUACUGUCCUACACUCGCUGGGUGGAGUACAGGCACUGUUCCCUCUGUUCUCCCAACUGGACCUCCCACAGUCAGGCAGUACCACUCCCAACCCCACACUAAGCGUCAAAGUACUGAGAGUCAUGUUUGAGCUGGCUAAAGGCUCUACCUCGUGUCUCCAUCAGCUAGAACACCUCAAAGCUCUCAGACUACUCGCUUAUCUACUGAGGAAGGCGUCACCUGAUCAUCUGAGUCAUGAGCUUGUCUCAUUGCUGUUUGAGUUUGCUCGUUACCUUGGCAAUGCUCCCCAUACCAAAGAACUGCUGAGUCAGCUUAUUGAAUUGCUGACCUCUGACCUAUGGACCCUAGCGUCUGUCAAGCUCCAGACGUACCUGUACAGUGGGUUAGCCUCUGAGAUGGGGUCUAGAGUGCUGGGACGGUCAGGACUCCUUCUACCAGAGCUGGUCACUGUACCACGACUCAUGUACACCCUCAGGGAGCACUAUAGGGGGGCCCCUGGUGUACGCCCCUACCUAUUGCUACUCAUUAAGGACUUCAUAUUAACCGGAGUUUCUCAGAGCGAGGCUAUAGAGAGCAUACUGGACUAUCUGACUACCCAGCAGGAGGACCGAGGAGACGUGGUAGAGCUGCUACUAGCGUUACUGUUUGAACAACAGAAGGAGACAAUGGUUGGACUGUUUCAGCAGGCAGGGGGAAUCAAUGUUGCCCUCCAUCUGUUGAGCAGUUCUACUGAACAUAUUCGGUUACAAGCUCUCAAGAUAAUCGGCAAAGUGCUUCACUCUGCCACACACAAACAGCAACGAUCCCUGGUGGAGUCUCACGGAUUAUGGGCCGUCAUUAGAGGCAAACUAUUGGCCACCGGACAGCCUGUCACCAUGGCAAUGUUCAACGCAUUAUUUGAGCUGAUGGUCAACUGUCCCUCCCGGAGGAUCAUUGAUAGCCACUACAUUGCACUGGACCUCUCCCACCAGAUAUGGUUCCCAGAGGUGCUUCCCCUACUGAUUGAAGCUGUAGUAGUACUGCACACAACUCAGACUGAUGGGGACGUUGCUAUGACGAUGCAGCUGCUCUCGUACAUCUCCUCCCUGUGUGCACAAGAGCCCAACAACUGCAAAGCUGUGGUGAGGGUGAUGGGAUGGCAGCGUUGGUUACUGACACUAGGGGAGCAGCCUGGGGCCAGUGAGGCUGAUCAGAGCAGCCUGGAGGAGAUGGUCCACUCACUGCUCCUGAGCAUACUGAGCCACUGUUUCCUGGCUGAGCAGGACGGCUGGAGGGCCUGGGUUGAGACUACUGCAGCUCUACACCUCAAUUGCUCCUCUCAAGAGUUGCCAGGGGAGACUGAUGACUAUUUAGAGUGCUCCUUCACUGCACUGAACUCCACCACUUCAACCACCUCCACUGAUCAGCCAACCACCAUGGAGCCAACCUCCACUGAUGAGCCAACCACCAUGGAUCAGCCAACCACCAUUGAUCAGCCAACCACCACUGAUGAGCCAACCUCCACUGAUGAGCCAACCUCAAUGGAUCAGCCAACCACCAUGGAUCAACCAACCUCCACUGAUCAGCCAACCACCAUUGAUGAGGUGGGGCUAGCUAACGGACUAAUAAGUGACCAACCACCUCCUGUUGAUGUCUGCACCUCACCUGAUAAGGCCCCUCUGGUUAAUGGGAAGGUCCCUCCAUUUCAUUGGACGCCCAGGGUCACACGACUAUUGGCUGACGUUAUUAAGAACCUCUGCUCCUAUGUGAGCAAGAGUAUAAGUGAUUGCUCGAGGUCAGCACUGUCAGAGUUCAUAGAACAACAUAAGUAUCUCCGCUCAAACGUUGCCCAACUUCUGGCACUGACCUCAGACUGUGUGUUGGAGCUGUGUGGAGGUUUGGAGCACUUGUACUCGCUGGCCACACCUACUAGUAACAAGAAGGAGAAGGAGUCGGUCCCACCCUCCACUGAGGUCCAGGCUGUACUGGGAGGUUGUCUGGAGCUGUGUGAGGUGUUUGUGUUGAGUGGGCUGCUGAGACUGACUCCAGUGGAGACUAGGAUGAAGAUGGAUAGUGGAGGCGCCCUCAGACAAGCCCUCAGGAUAGUGAUGGCAGCAGCUAACAUUGCCUCCCACAAGACCCACACGAAGUACAAGGAGUUCCACACUGGCUUCCAUAGAGAGAAGUCAUCUGUAGACAGUCUCCACAAAGAUUGUCUCUCCACUCUCAAAACACUAGGUCUCACUGGAUCGUCACUGGAGAAGUAUUUUGACUCCACCAAGGAGCACAAACUGAGGGUUAUUCGAUCGUGUCAAUGUCUCCUCUCGGACAAAUACGUCUCACUGCUAAUGUCAGCAAUUCCUGGAGACGGGGAGGGAAAGGCGCUGACUCAGCAGACUGUGGCUGUCGUCUUUUACUAUCUCUCGUCUCUCUGUGUGUACAAGUAUCGGAGAAUUCUGGAGGCUAUAAAGAGUGAGGAGAAGAAGGUGCUGGUCAAGCAGCCUUCACGACAAUCCAUAGCUCCCAACACAAAGCCACUACAGCACAAGACAGGUGUGGCAGUGGACAGCUCUAGAGAGAGCUCCCCUGAGGGCGGUGGACAAGGCCUAGCCCUUCACUCUAGAGCUUUGGACAUCUCUGAGCAGAUAGAGGCAUCAAUGACAGCCAUUGGGCCCUGUCUGUGUGGACUACUAGUGGAGCACAGAGGGCAUCUCUCCAAGCUGCUCGUGUGUGCUGAUGGCAGGGCACUCCUCACUGAUGCUGUUGUUCGGCUAGCUGAGGGCACUCGAGCAGUAGAGCUGACCAUGCUGUUAUGCUCCCAGGACUGGCAACGUUGUCUGAAGGGCAUGAGCACUCGACUGUUUGCACAACUCAUAACCGAGGGAAAGAGUACGAGUCGCUUCAGUGAGUCGUACAUUCAGAGUGUGGGCUCCAAGUUGACCUCUGACCUUGAGGUCUCGCUGAAGGAGCAGUCUAGACUGCUAUCAGAGGCUGAUGGCCGGUUGUCCCUCGCCAGGGCUGAGGCUGGUAGGAGGUGUGAGAGAGAGGGACAGGGGAGGAAGGCAGAGGCUCUCAGACACUCGCUCUCUGCCAGGGAACUAUGGAGAAAGAUAUCAUCAGUGGUGGACGAGACUGGAUCAUAUGAUAACACUCCAUUGAGGGAGUCUCGAUACUGGAGGCUGGAUCUGAGGGAGAGUCAUCAUCGUCAACGGUUACAGCUUCUAGCCAAUCAGAAUGGCACCUCCCACACGUCUGCCACUAGGUCACAUGACUCCACGCCCCCAUCACACCGUCCACUCCCCACACCCCUCACACCACCCCCCGGACUAGACCUAAACCCAGAGAUCCUCACAGAUGAGCUGACAGAGAGUCUAGAUGAUGCUGGUCCCCACUCGCUCUCACUGCCUUGUGUACUGGUCGUGCUGGCCCAUGCAUUACCAGGGACACUUGUGUUGUCAAGGAGAGCUCUUAGCUUCACACCUGAUGAUAGCACUCAAGAGUACAAGAGUGCAGCACAGCUGAUGGAGUGCCUAGAGCUGAGUGGAGAAUGGUUGAUUAAUAAUGUGAGGGCAGCCUUCUCACGUCGCUACCUCCAUCAGAGCAAAGCCCUCGAGCUAUUCUUUCACAACAGAACGUCUGUGUUCCUUGUGUUUGAGAGCAGUAAAGAUGUCAAAACAGUUCUCAGGAAGUUACCUAAAGUGGGAGUUGGCUGUGAGUAUGGCCUCCCUCAGACAAGAGCUGUGUCACUGGCCACCCCUCAGCAACUAUUUCGUAAGAGCUCCAUGACAACACGAUGGGUUCACAGAGAGAUCAGCAACUACCAAUAUCUCGUCUAUCUCAACACUAUAGCCGGACGAACUUACAGCGACCUCAACCAGUAUCCCGUAUUUCCAUGGAUACUCGCUGACUAUACCUCCAAAGAAAUUGACCUUAGUGACCCAAGCAUCUAUCGAGACCUCACCAAGCCGAUUGGAGCACUGAACGAGAGUCGAUUGCGUUCAUUUGAGGAGCGCUUUGAGGGCUUCACUGACGACCGGAUCCCUCCCUUUCAUUAUGGGACACACUACUCAACAAUGGCGUUCGUGCUCCACUGGCUAGUACGAGUGGAGCCAUUCUCUAGUCUCCACAUCUCCUUCCAUGAUGGCAUGUUUGACCACAGUGCCCGAUUGUUCAACAAUGUGGCUGAGGCAUGGACCAACACCAACAGAGACUCCUCUAAUGUCAAUGAGUUGAUACCAGAGUUCUAUCAUCUGCCAGAGAUGCUUCUCAACCAGAACAAGUUUGACCUUGGGAGAGAGGGGUCAUGUGGGGAGGGCCCUGUCAUUAGUGAUGUCAAGCUACCCCCCUGGGCGGAGUCAGCACACGAGUUUGUACGGCUCAACAGAGAGGCAUUGGAGUCAGAGUAUGUAUCCUCCCAUCUCCACCACUGGAUGGACCUCAUCUUUGGCUACAAGCAGAGAGGAGAGGCGGCUGUGGAGGCGAGGAAUGUGUUCUACUACCUCACAUAUGCUGGGGCAGUGGAUCUAGACGCUGUCACUGACACAAAGACCCGCAAGGGUUUGGAAGAACAGAUCCGCCAGUUUGGUCAGACCCCAGCUCAGCUACUCACUGAACCUCAUCCUGCCAGACUACCACUCCCUAAGGAGGUGCCCCCUCAACCGGCACAGGGGAUCAAUCCAAGGGACCCUGCAUUAUUAGCAGAGCUGCCAGUUACUCCCGAUGUCCCUCUAGCGCUGGUCCAGUACUGCUCCCCCACCUUACUAGUGGUGUCUAGUAACCAACUCUGUGCUCUCAACAAGUUCACUGUCAGUACAAGUACUUCAGGAGGGCCUACUACAGUUAUGCUGGACCCUGACCCCAAUAUAGGAGCUGGUCUGCGGACUCGGCUAGGGGACCCACUCGAUGGAAGUGUCUCUGCAUCCUCCGCUUGCUUUGCCACGCCCCCUAAUUGUCAUGUGAUAUUUGUGUGCGGUUUCUGGGACAACAGUUACAAGUGCUUUGCCACUGACUCAUCAGGCAAGAUGUUACAGAGUGUGUUUGGCCAUAUGGGUAUUGUCACUUGCGUCGACUUCUCUCCCGAGUGUGGUCUCCAUGGAAACCAAGGAGACGGCUUGAUUGCUACUGGAUCACAUGAUGCCACUGUGUUGCUAUGGAGAUGGUGUGGGAGGCUCAAUAGAGUGGUGGGGGUCAUCUCCGACGCUCAAGGUGUGGUGUCUCCAGUGGCAGUGUUGACAGGUCAUGAGCAGUCAGUGGCCUGUGUAUCACUGUGCUCUACACUAGGACUGGUCGUGAGCGUAGCAGCCAAGUACGGGUAUUGUCUGGUCCACAGUUGCAGUGGAGAGUUGUUACACAAAGUGACCCCCUCUGCUCAAUGGAUGCAUCCUCACCUCGUCUGUCUCACGCCUGACGGCCAUUUUGUAGUUCAUUAUGCUGACCAGAAAGGCUGUCUGGCUUUGUUCACUUGUAACGGCCAGCAGCUGUCUCACCACACACUUGACGAACCAACACUGGCUCUGGCUGUCACCAAGGACGGACGUUAUGUCAUCACGGGGGGCUUUGACUGUCGUGUUAAAGUGUUCUCUGCCCACAACAUGAAACUACAGUAUUCACAUGAGAGCUUUGAUAGUAGCAUCCGAUCAUUACACAUCUCAGAGGACCAGAAGUUCGUAUUUGCUGGUCUUGCCUCAGGCACUGUGGCUGUGCUCACUACACACUAUUGGAUGCACUAAUCCUCACAGGUCACAGGUCAAACUAACACUUUAUUUAGCAGAACCAUUAGAAUAGCUUUUUUAUGGAUUUAAUUUUCUUAGAUUUCACUCGCUCAGUGCACUACCCAAAUUCUCAUUUUGUAUUGUGUUCACGUUUUCUCAGUGUCUUUAUAACAAAACUAAAACAAGUGUCAAACAAGUU